AAAAAGUGGGCUGGGUCAAAGUGGGCGGGUGGUUUAGUUUCUAGUGUUUAUGCAUUUAGACUCUGAGUCUGAAAUUAGUGUCCCUGAGAGCAGGAGGAGUAAGAGACGUGAAGAGACGCACGGCCAUCAAACACACCGUCAUCAUGCUGAUCCUCCUCGCUCCCAUCUUUGGUAUUCACCUCAUUGGCAUCAUCCUCCUCCUGGUGGCCACCAUCGACAAUGCCUGGUGGAUGACCGACAACAUGUCCACUGAUGUGUGGGGCCGCUGGUUACAGACGAACGGAGUGUGGAACUUCACCGACCUGCCCACAGGAUCACACUACCCAGAAGAUUACCUCCAGGCAGUGCAGGCCAGCUCAAUCCUAGCUUGUAUAUUCUCCAUCCUGGGCAUCUUCGUGUUUGUGGCCCAGCUCUUCACCCUGGAGAAAGGAAACAGGUUCACCAUCUCUGGCAUCUUCCAGCUCCUCGCCUGCCUGUGCAUCAUGAUCGCAGCCUCCAUCUACACAGACCGUUUCCACCUGGACGAGAAGUUCGGCUGGUACGGUCACUGCUACAUCCUGGCGUGGAUCUCCUUCGCCCUCACGUUCAUCUCCUCCAUCAUUUACUUCGUGCUACGCAAGAAAGUAGCGUAACACGGACAUUAGCUUUAGCUCCAACCGGCCCGAGAAACCUCCGGCUGGAUCUACUCUCCCCGCUAAAAUCUGUUCCUUAAGUUUGUGUUUGUGUCCUUCAGAUUUGAGCUGCGAGUGUAUUUUCAGCCGCACAUUCAGAAGAGCUGCGGGACCUCCUCCAAUACGAGCUCGUGUUUGAUGGAGUCUGCUCAGACUUCAUCCAUCUCGCUCUGCUCUCAGUAAAUCCGGUUCAUAACUAAACCAGAUCUGUGCUCUGUUGUUUCUGCACAUUUACAUUUGGAUUUGAGUGUUGGAUAAAAAGGGGCGAGUUUGUUUAUUUUCUUAUUAUUUUAUUGUUAGUUGAUUAUAUUUUUUUUCUUUCAUAUAUCUGCUCCAGUUGUCGUUUAAAAAAAAAAAAAAAAGUGCCACUAACUCACCGAGGUCUGAAAACGUGACCUGACCUGUGUGUAAGCUAUCACUGAAAAUCACUGAUAUAAAGCUGUGGAGUUUUUUGUAAUUAUUUGUGAUUAAAAGAAACAAAAAACAAGUUGAACGUGUAUAACUGGAACACUUUCUCCACACUUAUUUCAUGAACAGUUCAGAAACUUACAAUAAAGUCUAUUAUUAUAAAAACACAGAUAUAUUUUCCAGGUAUCCUCUGAAACUUUCUCUUUCUAAUAAUCCCUGUUCCUUUAAUCCGUUUCCGGCCUGCGUGACAGGAAGUCGUCACGCCUGAGAUUUAAAGUGUAAAUAUGUUUCUCCACAUGAGGCUGUGUGUGUCUGACGACGUUUUAUUUUUGUUAUUUCUCAUUUUCAAACGACAGUGACGAGGAUUUUUACAAAAAUAAAACUUGAUUUUCAAACAUU